CAUCAAGGUUUGACGGGAGGGGAAGCGAAGGGGAGGGAAGUGAGAGGAAGUGAAGUGAAGUGAAGGGCGACAGAGGGCGGCCAAGGUUGUUGGACCCACAGGACAUGCCGAGAGGUAUGAGUGAUAACGUUCAACGCAUGUGUAUCGGCCUGUCCCGACGAAUCUCCGACCCUGACAGGCAAAACCAUGUCAACAUGCUAUAGAAUGAGGAGACACGUGACUCCCUGUCACACUUCGCUUUGCUGAGUCUGUCUGGUAUUAUCGAUCCUGGAGAUCACCUCGGGGGAUGAGAUCGGAACAUUUCGGUGGUCGUUUCCCCGGUGCUGUUACGGCAGGUGCCAGCGUGCCAAGUGAGAUAUCGAUAGGGGGACUGUUCGUAGUCGAAUGGUCCUCGUCCUACUGGGAGCGGUACAUCGCAGCUGCAGCGCAAGCAGCCGUUGAGAUCAUCAACGAGAGGAACUUCCUGCAUGGCAGCCGACUGAAACUGUACAUCGCCGACAUGUCCAUCACGCGGUCGAUGAGCCCCAACGUCCUCAUCUCGCCUUCCAGUUUCAACCAACUGCUGGAGGGCUCCAUGGUGGAUGCCCUGGACUACACGCACGCUCAGAAGUUUGCUGCUCUGAUCGGCCCCGGCUACAGCUCAGAGGCCGUCAGCUUGAGCCCCUGGCUGUAUCAACAGGAUCUUCUCAGUGUCCUUGUAAGCGCUACAAGUCCUGUGUUCUCCAAUCGAACAAGAUUCCCGGACUACGCCAGGAUUUGUCCUCCUGACUCGUACCAGGGCUGGGCGAUCGCGGACCUGAUGCAAUCGUUGAAGUUCAAGUCUUGCCAGAUCCUGAGCUGUGCAGACGUCUAUUGCGCCGGCCUCACCAGCGUUUUCGUGCAGCACGCCAAAGCGAAGGGAAUUCGCUUCACUCAAAAUGUGUGGAGCUAUGUAGAUCAGACGUCUGUGGCGGCAAACUUGCAGGCGAUAGUUGCUGACUGUGUAGCUCCUAACGUCUUUGUGCUUCUCAUGACGGACGUGCAAGCUAAGGUUGUGUUUGCUGCGGCGAAGCAACUGAACCUGCUGGAUAGACUGGUAUGGAUAGGAAGCGAGGGAGUGAGCAGCUUGCUUCCUUCAGAGUUGCCUGGCAACUACAUCGGGCUGAGAAUGGCUUGGAAUGAAAGCAGCCAGAGCAUCAGCGACCUCAAGACGUUGUGGUCUCGCAAGCCCAUCCAGUUCUCUAGCGCAGCCUAUGGUAACGUGAGCAUGCCAGACCAAAGCAUGUGGCGGAGCUACUCUUAUCUGCCUCUGGCUUACGAUGCCGUGUUCGCUCUAGCUUACGCCUUCCAGGCCAUGAUCGAGCGAAACGAGUCGAUCUACAACACCUCAGCUCUGGAGAACGCCCUGCUUGACGUCAAGUUCGAAGGCGCUUCGGGUUACGUCUCCUUCGCCUCCAACUUGGGGCCCAAAGUGGGCAGGUAUGACGUGGUCUAUCAAUCUGUUGCCCGAAACUUCUCCAUCGUUGGGAAAUGGAGCAGCGCAGGAGGAUUCAGCUCGUUGGAGAACUUGAAUCUUGCAAGAGAUGGUGCUCUGGGGGUCUGCCAAGGGAUCGUCCUGGGAGGGAUGUUCGUGGAGAACUGGAACCCCGGGUACAAGGACGAGGACGCCGCAUCGGCAGCACGGAUAGCGACCAUGAUGAUCAAUCAAGAUCCUACUCUGCUGCCAGGGAUCACCGUCAGCAUGGUCAUCGGCGACACUUCGGCUGUUCGCGCGAUCUCUCAGAACGGUUUCCUGUCGGCGGCUCAGUUCAACAUUGUGAAGCAGGAGGCUCUCGCUGCCAUCGCCGAGGAUCUUCACUCCAAGGGGGUGACGGCGGUUGUUGGCCCAGGCUUCAGCUCUGAAUCCAUCCUCGUCUUGCCCUCCCUCAACAGUCUGGGGAUGGUCGAGGUGAGCUUCAGCGCCACCAGCGCCGACCUCUCGAACAAGCAGCUCUACCCCAACUUCGCGCGCACUUGCCCCCCCGACGACCUGCAGGGUCGAGCCAUCGCUGACGUCCUGGCACAUUUCAAGUGGACGAAAUGUCAGCUGAUCGGCUGCGUUGACGUCUACUGCACGGGGCUGGCACGGACGUUCCUGCAGCGGAGCAAGGAGCUGAACAUCGAGGUGGAGCAGGUUCACUUCUGGGAGUUCAACAAUCCCUCGGGGACGCAGGCGCUGAUCAAGACCAUCUACGAGAACUGCAGCAACUCGCGGCUCUUCGUGCUGGCCAUGCACGACCACGACGCCCUGGAGAUCUUUCAGGCUGCCGACACCAUCGGGGCUACCGGCAACAUCGUGUGGAUGGGGAGCGAGUCGGUCACGUCCAUCAGCUCGGGGCUGCCCUACGGCUAUCUGGGGAUGAAGAUUGGGUUCAACCACACCAACUCUCACUUCAACAGGUUGCAAACCUUGUGGGAGAGCCUGAGCCCCUCCGAGUACCCGGGGGUCGACAAGCUGCUGACCAACCCCUACCUCGUCCUCUCCUACGACGCCACCUUUGCCAUAGCCCGCGCGUUCGACGCCAUGAUCCGUAACGGAGUCUCCAUCUUCAACGUCUCCGCCGUUGUCGAGACCAUAGGGGCCCUGACGUUCGAAGGCGCUUCAGGGAAGGUCAGCUUUGACAAGAACCUCGACCCGAGCUACGCCAAGUAUGACCUCGUCAACCAGCAGGCCAACGCGACCGUCUCCAUCGCACGGUGGGAGGCCGGGAGUAUCACCCACUUGGUCAUGUUGGACCAGCCGACUGACUGGCUGGACGUGGCGGUGACGUGGCCGGGGCCUAGCGGAAGGGACGUGAUGCCCGUGUGCAAGUCAGCGAACCAGUCGUCUUCUCAGCUCCUGCUAAAGGUUCUGCUGUCUGUCUGCCUCUCCCUCCUUGUUGUCUUCGCAAUCGCCAUGCUCCUCUGGUGCUACCUGUGCAGACCAGUGCGGACGGAGGACGAGGACGGGGAGGUGAUCAAGAUGAUCAACAAGAUCCGGUCGGAGUUGAAGAUCACGAUCAAGGACGGGUUUCUCACGAGCAGGGAGGCGAACACCAGGAGGUACAGGUUGUCAAAGGGCCGCAUGAAGGUCAUCGACUAUCGCUUCCUUGUCAACACCGCCAGGUUCGCGCUGAUGAAGGAGUUCGAGACGAAGCACGUCAACGGUUUCUGCAACUGGUUGAGGAAUCAGGCGUCUGUCAGCCUCCCCUUUGCCGAGUCUCACCGCGUUCUCAUCGGAGAGGUUCACUCCAGCUUCCAUGACGUCAACCAAGCCGCCGGCAGCUUCGCCACCUCGCAGCAAGAGCGCUACCACCGCCUGGGCGACUUCGUGAUCAGCACGUGCGAAGCGAUGCUGUCGCCCGGGAGCUCUGCGUGUGACCCGACGAUUGAGGAGAGCGACGAGUUCGAGGCGAGGUUCGGCUACUUCCUGGACAAGACGACGAGGAUCAACCUGUGGAACGACGAGGAGCUCAAUCUCUUUGCCAAGCUCAAGGUUGCCAUCGCCAAGCACAUGGCGCUGCUGGGGCGAGACUGCCAAGAUCGCUUCGACGAGAUGAAGAAGGAGGAAGCAGGCCACGUCUUGACCUCCUUCCGGGACUCGCAGGAGCCGCCCAGGAGGUUCUCUCCCUACAAGCAAUCGGAUGCUGAGGUGCUCGCCAUCCGCCUGCACGAGGAGGACUCGCGCGACGCCUCCUACCAGGACGAGAUCAAGAUGAUUCAGAUCUCCCCCACAGGCAUCCGCGUACACAACGAGGAAGUGUUUGUGGCGCAGCUGCACUUGCGGGCGAAGCUGAUGAAUCACGCCUUCCAGAAGAAGGUCCUGCAGGUCGUGCAGUCCCACGAGUCGCCCUCGGGGAGGGAGAGCCUGGACAAGGAGUCGCAGGGGGCGAGCGAAGAGCUGAUCCCCUCCUCCUCCGACCACAGCACCUUCUGCGCUGACUUCGAGGAGUACGGCAACGACCUGCUGCAGCGCAAGAUCUCGGUGGACUGUCAGUUCGAGGACGGGGUGAGGAGGGUUGAGAUCUGCUUCGCUCCCGUCAAGUCAAAGGCGAGGAUCAGUCAGAAGCUCCUCAAGUAUGCAGACCCUCAGCUGCAGUGCGUUUGGCCCUACAGCGGCUACAUCCUCGACCCCGUGCGGCUGUCGGUGAUCGUCGACGGGCCCAAGAAAAUCCUCGAGGUCUUCAAGUGGUUCGACAGCCUGGACGCCUCCUCAGGCAUCUCGGUUUUCCGUGUCAAGAACAAGUUCAUGUCAAGCGAGUCGGAGGAUGGCUACCGUGCCCUGACCAUCUGUGUUCUUUUCUUCCACGAGCUGCGGGAUGCGAAUCGGGGGGGGGGAUUCAAGUGCAUGACAUGA